AAAAAAAUGUGACUAGUCCACCUAAUUAACCUGUGUUAUAAUCUAUAUAUAUGGUGUUUGUAAAGUGUUAAAAUCUCCAUUGGUCACAUCUGCAGCAAUGGAAACUCGAUUCAUCAUCACCAUCAUCCUCAGCCUGUUCAUCUCUGCUCUCAUCAGAACUCUAUUCAACCUUUUCUUCAAAUCCAAGAAGCACAGCCUCCCUCCAACUCCUGUUAACUUCCCCAUAAUCCGCAACAUUUUAUGGCUCAGGAAAUCCUUCUCCGAGCUCGAGCCGAUAAUUCGCUCCUUCCAAAAAGACAUGGGCCCUGUAAUCACUCUCCAUAUCGGCUUUCGUCCCAACAUCUUCAUCGCUGAUCACUUUCUUGCUCACCGAGCCUUAGUCCAGAACGGGGCAGUAUUCGCUGACAGGCCACGAGUUGUUGCUGCUAAUAAUGUCGGUUUGUCCGUUUAUGGUCUUACUUGGCGCCUUUUUCGCAGGAAUCUUACGUCCGAAAUCCUCCAUCCUUCGCGGGUUAAGUCUUACUCUAAUGCUCGCAAAUGGGUGCUUGAAAUCCUCCUCGACCGCUUUGAAUUGCUAUCGAAAUGUGGUAAUCCUGUUCUUGUUGCUGGUAAUUUUCAGUAUGCCAUGUUUUGUUUGUUAGUGCUUAUGUGUUUUGGAGACAAGCUUGAUCAGAAACAGAUUGAGGAAAUACAAAGAGUAGAGCAAUUGGUAUUUGCGAAUCUUGAAAGAUUGGUGGAGCUCAAUUUGUGGCCAAGUGUGACCAAGAUUCUGUUUCGGAAACGUUGGGCAGAGUUCUUGCAGCUUGAAAAAGAAAGAGAAGAUGUCAUGACUCCAUUGAUAAGAGCAAGAAAGAAAUUGAAAGAAGAGAGGCAAAGCAAGAAUUAUAAGGACCAAAAAGAUGAUGAGUAUGUCUUAUCGUAUGUUGAUACCUUGUUAGAUCUACAACUUCCUGGUGAGAAAAGAAAGCUCACAGAGAAGGAAAUGAUAGUUUUAUGCAAUGAAUUUCUCAAUGCAGGCACAGAUACUACCUCCUCAUCAUUGCAAUGGAUCAUGGCAAAUCUGGUUAAGUACCCAUGUAUUCAAGAAAAGUUAUUUAUGGAGAUUAAAGAGGUUGUUGCUGAUGGUGAAAAAAAUGUAAAAGAAGAAGAUUUGCAAAAGAUGCCAUAUCUGAAAGCUGUAGUUUUAGAAGGACUAAGGAGGCACCCACCGGCACAUUUGGUGUUGCCACAUGCUGUGACUGAAGAUAUAGUUUUGGGUAAAUAUUUAAUACCCAAAAAUGCCAAUAUAAAUUUCAUGGUAGCAGAUAUGGGGUUGGAUCCAGAGGUCUGGGAGGAUCCCAUGGCCUUUAAGCCUGAAAGAUUCAUCAGUGGUGAUAGUAAUGAUGCUGGCGCAGAAGUGUUUGAUAUAACAGGAAGUAGGGAGAUCAAGAUGAUGCCAUUUGGGGUAGGAAGGAGGAUUUGCCCUGCAUAUGGAUUGGCAAUACUUCAUUUGGAGUAUUUUGUGGCAAAUUUAGUUUGGAGUUUUGGGUGGAAAGCUAUUAAUGGAGAUGAUGUGGACUUGUCUGAGGUACAGGACUUUACAGUGGUUAUGAAGAACCCACUGAAAGCCCAUAUUUCUCGUAGAGGUUUUUUUGAACCUUGAAAUUGUUACAGAUUGAAGUCUAUAUGUAAAAUUAUGUUUGAUUACAUCUAUAUAUGUAUUGCAAAAUUUAUCAAAAUCAUUCAUGCAGCUCGCCUAAUAGCUUAAACU